AUGUCAAAAUGCAAAGGAUGCGGUAAAUACAUAGCACAAAAAGACAUUACUAAAUGUUCUAAAUGUCAGAACUAUUACCAUCGCACAUGUGCGCUCGCGGCUACACCAGGGGUUAAAUCUGUCUCGCCAAAAUGGAUAUGCGCGGGCUGCAAUGUUGUCUUAGCAACCCCGCCAGCUGUGGCGGAGGCAUGUGUGUCACCGCAGCCGAGUAAUUCACACGGCGCCACGGCAAGUAACAACUUGCCUAGGGAUUGCAACCCGGCACAAACAGUGGAUGUAAGCUUAAUACUUAAAGAGAUUCGUAUCUUUCGUGAAGAGAUUAAUGCUUUGAUAUCGGAAUUGCGUGAGUUUAGAGAAGAGAUGUUAAGCCUUCAAGCAGAUAAUAAGAUGUGCAACGAUAGAGUGGAUUUACUGGAGAAGAGAGUUGGUGCCUUAGAGGAGAAAUCGGAUCAACAUUUGUAUCCCGACCUCACAACAUUAGAGACAACCGUACGCGAUUUAAAACUUAAACUGAAUGAGCGUGAACAGGAAUCCUUGUUAAACGACAUAGAGGUUUCUGGGGUACCCGAAUCGAAUGUAAUAGUGAUGUCUUUGCAUGUUUUUGAUGGCUCCUAA